AUGACAGGUUCUGGUUCUCCAUGUGGAGCCUGCAAAUUCUUGAGAAGAAAAUGCAUACGAGGCUGCAUUUUUGCACCUUAUUUCUGCCAUGAACAAGGUGCUUCUCACUUUGCUGCCAUUCACAAGGUCUUUGGCGCAAGCAAUGUGUCUAAGCUUCUAACUCAUCUUCCUGUUAGUGAUCGUCCUGGGGCUGCUGUAACCAUCUCAUAUGAAGCUCAAGCUAGGCUUAAAGAUCCCAUCUAUGGCUGCGUUUCACAUAUCUUUGCUCUUCAACAACAGGUUAUUAAUCUACAAGCACAACUAGCAUCGAUCAAGGAACAAGCGGCUCAAAACUUUGGGAACAGCUCUGGCAUUGGUAGUAAUGAAAACCCUAAUGAAAAGUACAUCAAAGAUGUUCAGAAUUGGUUUCAAUCAGAAACUAACAUGAUGAUGAUGAUGACUACGCCUCAAUUUAAUCCCAACAUGGUCACGAGUGAGACUUAUAACGCUUCACAUGCGAUGCCUUACACUGAGAACAAGCCAGCGCCAUUGAAUUCUAACUCUGGUGGGAGUAGUAGCUGUGAGAAUUCAAUGUUUGAUGAGGCUUACCACUACAUGUCCUCACUAGAUAGCCUCCAACAAGCGGUGAACAGGCAAAUGGAUUUUCAAGACUACUCCGACGAUCAUCACCAUCAUCAUCAUCAUCAUGAGUCAGUGCCUUUUAGCUAUACCCGCCAUUCAUGA